AUGUCAGGUCAGGAUUUUGGACUGUUUUGGACCAUUUGGACGCUGUGUUUGUAGUUUUUAAAAUCGCGUAUAAUUAAUUUUAUAUAAAAUUUCGCAUUUUUGUGAGUCUUCUUAACAUGUCUUCUAAUAAGAAGUAUGGGCUUAUUGUACCCGAAAAGCCCAAGCAACCAUCAUUGGUCUUUCAGGCAUCAAGGAAUGUUUUUGGAGAUGAUUUGGACUCAGAUGAUGAAUCAAAUAAAAAACCUGUGCUACUACAACCUAGUCAUAAUAUAAAUCGACAAGCUAAAAUUGCCCAAAAUAAAGCUGUAGUUGAAGAUCCUACGGUUUUCCAAUAUGACGAAGUUUAUGAUGCAAUGAAAAAUGAAAAAGAAGAAAAAAAAGUGAAAGAUAAGGAAAUUAAAAAACCCAGAUAUAUUGAAAAUCUUUUAAAAUCAGCAAACAAAAGAAAAAUUGAAAAUGAAAGACGUAUUGAACGACAGAUCCAGAAAGAAAGAGAAUCAGAGGGAGAUCAAUUUGCAGACAAGGAAGUUUUUGUAACUUCUGCUUACAAAAAGAAACUAGAAGAAAUGAGUUUAGAAGAAGAAAAAGAAAAAAGGGAAGAAUAUCUAGAAAGUAUUGGAGAUGUGACAAAACAACGAGAUUUAGGUGGAUUUUAUCGUCACUUGUAUGAACAGAAGCUAGGAGUACAGAAACCUGUUGAAACUGAGGAAAAACAUGUAUUAAAAGAAGAUUUUAAAAAAGCCAACAAAGAUAUUGAAUCUGGUAAAAAGGAUAAGAUUAAGGAUGGUUCAAAGAAAAGAAAUUAUCGUAAAAGAAAAUCUUCAUCAGAUUAUAAAAACCACCUAUCAGAAGGAGAACUUGAAGAUUCAGAUGAAGAAAUCAAUCGCAUCAACCUUGAUGACAUUAAAAUGGCUAAAAAAGCUAAAUUAGAUAAUGCAAACUUAGAUGCUGAUUCUGACUUUUCUAUAGAUGAAUCUAGUGAUGAAGAUGAAAAAGUUGAAAAAAGUGAAAGCAAAGGAAUUAAUGAAGAUGUCUUUAAAAAACCAGAACCAAUUGAGAAAAUUGAAUGUAAGGAAAAAGUUGAUGAAACUCCUGAUACACAACCAAAAGCUGUAACUAAAAAACCAAAAGUUAACAUUUGGCAAAAGAGAACUGUAGGUGAAGUGUUUGAACAGGCUUUGAAAAGAUAUUAUGAGAGAAAAGCUGCCAGAAGUUUAAUGUAAUAAAUAAA